CUCUCUUUUGAGCACUUCAGUUUCAUGUACCGGUUAUUCAUUUUCUCAAACUCUGGGGGUGUAGUUUAAGGUUGUGGAAGAAUAUGGAGGGUGUUGAGACGUGGAGAACUCCACUAUGCCUUUCAUUUGGGUGUUCAAAGAGGAUAUCGUGCCUUCCUUUUGUAUUUUAGGGUGUUUACAGCUUGAAUGUGCGUCAAGAGGUUUGAUCGGAAGGGCUGAAUAACAGAAGCAAGCAUGGACGGAGCUUGGGGUGUUAUUCUCAUAUCUCUGGCAAUGUUCGUGGGAUGUUUCGUGCUCGGGAUAAUUCCACUAUUGAUCAAUUUAUCAGAGCACAAGCUAAAGUUGAUAACUGUGUUGGGGGCGGGGCUUCUAUGUGGCACUGCCCUGUCAAUCAUCAUCCCAGAGGGGGUGGAGCUAGUGCAGGAGUCAUGGAAAGACUGGUAUUGCUCCACUAUGGAUUGGAAUCAAAAUAUAUCUGGAUCAAAUUCAACACUUCAUCUAGUCGAAAAAAAAGGUCUGCGUCCUCAUUUCUUCAUAGGAGUCUCUCUCGUCCUGGGCUUUACGCUCAUGUUUAUGGUGGAUCAGAUUGCCAACUACUGCUCCAUGAACGAAUCCCGAGUGCGCUUGCACAGUGGCAACAGUGUUACUGCCACCCUGGGUCUGCUUAUUCACGCCGCAGCGGAUGGUGUCGCUCUGGGUGCAGCUGCCGCCUCAUCGCAGGUGUCCGUGCAGGUCGUCGUGUUUUUUGCUGUCAUUUUGCACAAGGCUCCAGCCGCGUUUGGUCUUGUGUCUUUCCUCAUGCACGCAGGUCUGGAGAGGAAGACUAUUCAGAUGCAUUUACUGGCAUUUUCCGCUGCUGCGCCACUGAUGGCCAUCAGCACUUACUUCAUCCUUAGUGCGUCUAAUGGCUCGUCCCAGAGCCGUCUGAGCACUACGGGCAUUGGAAUGCUGUUCUCAGCUGGGACUUUCUUGUAUGUGGCCACAGUUCAUGUUCUGCCUGAAAUCAACAGCAGAGGGCAGCAGAGCUCCACUCACCUCUACCAUCAUCCGGGAUCUGGAUCCUACCAGCACCAGGGCGGUCUGGGCAUCACGGAGAGCCUCACUCUCAUCCUGGGCAUGGGACUGCCCGUGCUGUUGGCCCUCGGACUGCCAGAUGAUUGACCUGUAAAAACAAUCCGACAGGCAGAUAUGUGACGUGCAAUGAUUUAUAUUUUUAUAAAGAUUUGAGAAUGGUUUUUGUGUUUUGUUUGAUCAUGAUUAGUGUUGUGAAACUUCCCACAUGGUCAGUUUAAACUCUUAAUUUGUUUUUGGUUUUUGCCGUGCUGGUAUAUAUGUGCAGUUAUGGUCCGACUUUGGUCAUUUGUCGCCUCCACACUGUCAUAUUGAAUCAAAGAAAAAAAGAUUGAUAUUUACAUUCUUAUACCUAGAAUCAAAUUAUAUUUUCUCUUACAGCUGAAGUCAUUUUUUCUCACUGCAAUAAAUAAGUGCAAUACAGUGCUUUUUUUCCAAAGAUUUAAAAAAUAUUGUUGCUUUUUGUUUUUUGUAUUUUAUUAAACCAAGAAUGCCUUAUAUUAGUAUAAACCAAUAUUUAUGCUUAGAAUUACAAUGCAGUGCAAACUUGAUAUGGCAUAGUCUCUCUGGUACGUGACAAUCUAUUAAAAGCCAUUUAAAGCUA